GCAAAGUUUCAAAUAAAGACAUAAUAAUAACAUUUCGAAACGAAAACGAACACGCAGACGCAGUUAUGCAGCCUAUUUAGCAUAGUCAACUGUUUGUGUUUUAAUGCUUUUAAAGCAUUUUGCAUUUAACAUUUCGCCAGGAAGCCGCUUUGCAGUUCAAUCCUCGAUAUCAUGCCGUUUUCUUCGAGUCACCACCUCAUCAGCACUAGGCAGACUUCAAGACGAGACAGCUUCAACUCGACGAUAAAUCUGGACGAAAGCGAUCAAGAAUCUGUAAUUGAGGUCAACCUGCCAAAGCCAGCGAAAAAUACAUACCUGAAGGCCGUGCAAGGGAAACGGAAUACGAGAAGUUCAGAUAAUGACAUUAUAUUAGUGGAGCAGCCUGUCCCACGCAAGAAAGCUUUGCGUGCAAGACGUACACCUGAUAUAGAAGAGGACUUUAUCAGCUUGGGUCCAGUAAACAAAUUAGCAAAGUUAAACAACAACAACAACAACAUCAGUAACAAGAAAACAUGCAAAAGUUCUCCGAGCCAAAGACCAACUAAACUGUCACCCUUAAAAUCAAGAAAUCAUCGGAUUGAAAAUCAAGCGAACCAUGUGGAAAUUGUGGAAUUGCUCAGCAAUGAUAUUGUAGAGGUGCAAACUCCACAACCUCAUAUCAGGCCUUCCUUGACUGCUAAAAGAACCAUGAGCAAGAAAGUAGGUGCCAAGGCCAAGAAGCGUUGUGCUUCUUCAGAAAUAUCACCAAAAGGUAAAGCGAAUAAAUCGCUCAAGGCCAAAUCCAGACCAGCUGUUGCCUCAACUUCGGUGUAGGCUGAUGAGGAUGAUGACUGUGUGGUUUUGUGGGAUUCGGCAGACAUUCUCUGCGUGUACCACAACACCGCUCCAAAAGUUGCCAAUAAUUUGAUUACCCUGUUUGACAACGAAAACACCAUUCCGUUCAUCGCGCGAUAUCGGCGGGGACUGACCAACAACAUGG